AUGGUGCCUCAGAAACGCCUGAGGCUAGCAGGUGGGGACGAUGACAGUGAAAGCAGCCUAGAGUCGUCGCCGCCCCGCCGCUCUUCUAAUAAGAGGAGACGAACUACAAGUGACGAGUCGUCCGUCCGUCGUGAUAUUUCGAGCGAUCGCGAGGCCGCCAGUACCCCUCCUUCCGAGAUCAGUUCUGAUGGUGAGCAGGAAGACGACGAAGAGGCUUUGCUUGCAGCUACCCAAGCCAUCGAGGCCAGAAGCAGAGGAGAUGGUAAUAAUGAACCUGCGGAAUACGGCAUUUUGGAGGCAGUCCAACUCAAGAAUUUCAUGUGCCACGAGGAUAUGACUUAUGAACUUGGCCCAUUGAUCAAUUUCAUCUGCGGCAAAAACGGCAGCGGAAAGAGUGCGAUCCUCACUGCCAUUGUCUUGUGUCUGGGUGGGAAAGCAUCGUCAACGAACCGAGGCGCUCGCCUCCAAGACUUCAUCAAAGAAGGAACAGACCACGCCAGCAUCAUCUGCAGGCUGAAGAAUCAGGGUGAAAAUGCAUACAUGCCUGAGGUAUACGGGAAGACGAUUCAAGUUGAACGCCAUAUCUCGCGCAAUGGCAGUAGUGGCUACAAGCUCAAGUCGGAAAAAGGCCGUGUGGUGUCUACGCGGAAGUCUGACCUUGAAGAAAUUUGCGAUCAUAUGAUGUUGCAGAUCGAAAACCCCAUGGCCGUCCUCUCGCAAGAUCAGGCGCGCCAAUUCAUUGCCAGCUCGAGUCCGGUUGAGAAGUAUAGAUUCUUCAUGAAGGGCGUCCAACUCGAACAGCUUGAUCAGGAUUACCGAAUCAUCGAAGAGCAACUCGACAAUAUCAGCGCCAAAAUCGCCGCCAGAGCCCCGGAUCUCAAGGUUUUAAAGAGCAAGGCGGACAGCGCGGCGAACAAACUUGCACUUUCCGACAGAUAUGAGGCUAUGCGUGACAAAUUGCGCGAUUAUCGCCGACAACUAACAUGGGCCCAAGUUGCAAUCCAGGAGGGCAUUCGAGAUGAAUAUGUCCAAGAGAUUCAAGAAGCAAACGACAAGAUAGCGGCCACCGAGGCCAAAGCUGAAGAACUCGACGUUGCCUAUCAGGAAUCCUCUAGAGUUGCGACUACAGCGGCGGAGAGGUAUGGUGAAGCAAAUACAACUAUUCAACGCCUCAAGGAUGAAAGAGAUGAGCAGCAGGUUCAACAACAAGAAAUGAAAAAGAACUAUUCGGAAGCAGCAGCUGAGCAACGACAAAUCCGUGAUGCUUUGGUCAGUGCCGACAGAACAAUCACACAGAAGAAAGAGGCCAUUGAACAGGAAGUGCAAAGGCUGGCUGAGCUCGAUGGAGGAGGUGCUGCUAGCCGCAUUAAAGAACUGGAGAAGGCCACAGACGCAGUGAGAAGAGCGGAAGCAGAGUUACAGGAUCACCGGGAUCAGAGAAAAAUCUACCUUGAGGACAUUGACAAAAUGCAAAAGCUCGAGAACGAAACUGGAGACGUGAAGAAGAACGAGGAACGAAGAGUCACCGACUUGGAGAACAACCUCAAGCGGCUGACGGAGAACCGCAACUCUCAAGAUCUUGCUUUCCAUCCCAGAAUGCAAGAACUCCUACGAGCCUUGCACCAGGAAAGGGGGUUUCAGGAGGCUCCCGUAGGACCCCUAGGAAAGCACGUUAAAUUGUUGAAACCAGAAUGGUCUUCAAUUUUGGAAAAGUCCUUUGGCGGCGCACUUUCAGGAUUUAUAGUGACCUGCAAGCGGGACGAAAAUCUACUGAGCAACCUCAUGCGACGCACUCAGUGUAGUUUGCCUAUCUUCAUCACAAACAAUCUGCCACUGAACAUCGAGCCACAUCUACCCGAUCCCCGCUUCGACACUGUCUUGAGUGUCUUGGAGAUUGACAACGAGGCGGUCAGGAAACAACUCAUCAUCUCCAACCAGAUUGAGCAGAGCAUUCUCAUUCCUGACUUGACUGAAGCCUCGAAAGCACUCUACUCGGAGGGUCCGCCCUUGCGCAAUGUUAAACGAUGCUAUUGCUUCAGCCCAGGCAGCAAGGUCAAAGGCGUCGUCUUGUCCUAUCGAAACGGUCGCGCAGCUCAAGAUCCGGUGCACGAAUUUAUAGGUACUCCGAGGAUGAAAACAGAUAUUGAUGAAGCUAUACAACGGCAACAAGAGGUACUGGCUGAGUGCAAGGCCCAACGGCUUCGCGCAGAAAGCGAAUUUCGCAGUGCUCAGGACCGGUAUGCGAAGGCAAGACAAGCCCUCAAGCGACAUGCAAACAGAAACAGAGAACUCGAAAUCGCAGUGCAGCGGGCGGAAGACAACGUUGAGCGUUUGAAGGAGGCCAUCAAAGAUGACAGCGUGGAAAGUGGAAAGCUUGAAGCCUUACGUCAGUCAUUAAGUGAGGCUGAGGAGCAAAAGGUCAUCCACGAGAGCUCUUUUCAAGACUCUGUCAUCGCCCUUGAUGAGCAAACAAAGAAGCUUCGGGAGGCAACUCAAAAAUGCAAGGAGUUGGAUGAGCGCAUCAAAGACGCUGAAGCUAUGGCUCAUAAGGCGCAGUUGGCAGCUCAGAAGGCCGGCAAGAAACGUGCGCAUGACUUGCACGAGAAAAAUCGGGCCGAGUCUAUGAUUCAAGACGCCAAAGCAGACCGCGGCUCAUUGGAACGGAAGAAGCAGGAAAUGGAUGAAAAGAUUGCAAGUUUCACAGGGCAAGCACGGCAGGUAUGUGAACGGGUCAACCUUGAUAAAGGGGAAACCUUUGAGAGCUUGAACAAAAAGCACGAGAAGCUCGCUGCAGACUACCGCAAAUACCAGACUCAGGUUGGUGAUAGGGACCACAUUGCCGCUGAGGCGUCAAAGUGGUCCAAGGCGUAUAAGGUCGCCGAGAGAGAAAUGAGGUCGUUGGAGUCUCUCCAAUCACAAUUGACAAGGACGCUUGCAGAGCGGAGAAGGCGAUGGGUGCUAUUUCGGGGUCACAUCACUGCUAGAGCAAGGGCUGGCUUUAUUCAUAAGCUGAGCGAGAGGGGGUUCCGUGGAAGGCUCCAUAUCGAUCACAGGAAGAAGGAGAUGGACAUUGCCGUCGAGCCUGAUAUUACGAGACGUGACGGUACCGGGCGAAGCGCAAAGACUCUGUCCGGAGGGGAGAAGUCGUUCUCCCAGAUUUGUCUGUUGCUCUCUAUCUGGGAUGCCAUGGGUGUCCCGAUUCGAUGUCUCGACGAAUUUGAUGUAUUCAUGGAUGCAGUCAACAGAAUGACCAGCGUCAACUUGCUGAUCGACGGAGCCAGGCACAGCAGUGGCGGGCAAUUCGUUCUCAUCAGUCCAGGCACCAAAUCUGACAUCAAGAGAGCUCCAGAUGUCUGCGCCAUUGAGGUUGCUCCGCCAGAGAGAGGCCAAACGAGGCUCGUUCUCGCUCCACCAUGA